AUGGCAGCGCUUCUCCCAGAUGAUCUUCUACACAUGAUCUGCCACCAACUAUGGGAACAGAGGGAUUUCGACACACUCUACCAUUGCGCUCGUGCCGGAAAGCAGCUCGCUGUUCCCGCUCUAGCUAGCAUCUACCGUAUGCACGAUACGGCCCCCGUUACCAGCGCCUACAAUGAUGAAAUCGAGAUGGCCCCACAAGAAAGAACUAGCCGAGCUGCUUACGAGAAAGGACGAGAGCAGCUUAUUGGGAAAUGGGCCAGUAUGUGGAGGUCACUUAUACUCUCCAGCUUGGGCAAGACCUUGUUUCCUUAUUCAAAAUACGUGCGCACUUUGAGUCUUCAGGAUCUUGAGUAUCUGCUCCAGGAUGCUAGAUUCUUGGGCAAAACCAGUGGCAUGUUCUUCAAGGAUGGACUGGAGAAGUUCGAAGUCAAUCGAAAUGUUCAAAUCUCCAACAAAAAGAGUGGUCUUCGAAUCGAUGCUGAGACAACAGCUAAUCGACUCUUGGAAGUGAUCGCAAGGCAGACCCCAAUGCUGGAAGAGUUAUCUGGCCCCAUCCUCAAAGGGGUACUGUCUCAGUGCAUACCAAAGCUGCCAAAUCUACAGCGUCUAAAUGUGUACCGAGGAGAAGCUCUAGAGGGUGCAGGGAAUCUCAUUCGAUCGCAUUGCCCCUUGUUCAAGGCUCUGCAAUUCUAUGGCUGGCAAAAGGAUGAUGCAGACCAACACUUCGCUGCUUUCCUAAAUGACAUACGCCCCCAAUCUUUGGAAUCCUUUGAGAUCUUCAGCGUCUCUCAAAUCGGAGCCGAAAGCUUUCUAGCGCUGAACUGUCAUCGGGAGACUCUGACCGAGCUGAAACUCAACGGCAUCAAAGCUGAAUCGAUACCUGCGCUGUCAAUGUUGAAAGGGUGUACCAAUUUGAGCUCGUUGCUGCUUUCAGAGAACGGCGUCGCGACCCAAGAUCUCGAGAAGAGACAUAACGACACUUUCCUCGAUGUAGUUGCUUGGCUUUGCCAGUGCAAAGGGCUGCGGAUAGUCUCGCUGUACAAUCUACUCAGUGCACCAGCUCUUUUAACGCCUGUGCUGCUCGAAAGCAGCAUUCAUCUUACUAAGUUAGCACUCGAGGGGUAUUUGAUGUCAGAGAGCCGGGACUUUCAUCGGGCACUUUCGCAACAGACGAGUCUACAAGAUCUAUGGCUGAAAGGCGAGAGCAGUGAUAACCCCGAAGACGUGGACUUUCUUGUGGGGUCAUUGAGCAAGCUUGAGAACCUCACGGACAUGCGACUUCAGGAAGUCUCGGACUACUUUCUGGACAAGCACUUCUGCACUUUGGCGAAUAGCAUGCAAAGACUUGAAGUGUGGGAGUCAAGUGGGUAUGCUAUUACUGACGCCAUAUGGAGCGACAUGGCUUCUAUGAAAUGCUUGCGCAGACUGGAAUUCAAUGCUCAGACCCGCUUCACCUCAAAUGGGAUCAUGGACUUCAUCCUGAACCUUGGCCCGGGCAAUGAUGGGCUGCUUCUCAACAUAGCGAUGCAGGAUGUGGAUUUCAAUUUGACCGACGAAGAGCAAUCCAUGAUUAGAGAGACUAUUACCUCAGAGGUAGAUGGACGGUUCGACUUCAUGCUAUUUAGAGAUCCGGAGGUUUCUGAAUUCGAAGGGGAUUCUGACUGA